AUGAAAAUUAUCAUCACGCUUGGUGGUCUUUAUGGUGGCGGUGGAUGCGGUUGGUAUGGUGGGACGAAACAUAAAUUGAAAAGUAAAAGUGACGUCAGAUGUCAUAUGAGCUUCGAAAUUGAAUCAACCGAAUGUAUCUGGCUGGAUAUUUUAAUUAGUCGCAGUUGUCAAUUUCGAGACGAAGUCAACAACAUCUCCCAUCUGUCGAUGUCAACGCUUCACAUUCUCUUAUUUUCGGUCGAUUCAGCUUGUUUUGAGUUCAUUAUAUUUUUUCCCAAAAGAAAGCGACGAUUGUCAGCUGUAAUGUGA